AUGGCCUUCAUGCUCACAAACUCCCCCUACCUCCUCUCCCAAAUCUCCCUCGCCAGCUUCGUCCCCCACCUCACCCAACCCCACCAAGACGCCAAGCGACCCUACCACCCCGUCCCCGAAUCCGCCUUCACGAUCCAACCCGACGCGCUCUUCUCCGCCGAGCUCGACGCCAGCUCCAAAACCUUCCUCGACGUCCUCGCCACCAAGUUCGCGUCCUUUUCUGUGUCGUACAGCAAGUCGACCGUUCUCCGCAUCCUGGCCGACACGGGCAAGAUCUACUCCCUCAACAAACCGGACGAGCUCUUCCAGUCCAUCGUUUUUGGUCCCGAGACCGGGGGGGAGAUGCAGCGGUGGUUGGAGAACUGCCGGGUGAGGCGGUUGUCGCCGCAGUUCAUAACUGGUUUCAGGACGUUUGAGAAUGCUACUGUUGAGAGGGAGGAGGGGGGGUCGGGGGUUGGGGUUCAGGGGGGGGUUGCGAUACCGGUUGGGGCUGUCGGGGGAGAUUUGCUUGGGUUAACGGAUGUUGAGGUCAAGGGGGGGAGGGAGGGGAGGAAAGGGGUGAGGACUACGGUGAGGAAUGAGGGGGAGAGGAUAUAUGCUAUUGCUUAUCGGAAGGUGAAGAUUAGGGAGUUUUGGGGGGGGAGUGCGAGGCCGGAGUUGGGGGUUAGUAAUCGGUGGAAGGCAGUUGUUGAGGGGGUUGGUGGGAGGGGGGGUGAGGAGGAGGAGGGAGAGAGGGAGGUGUACCUUGGGGCUGGGCUGGCGGAGGGUACGGGGCAGGGGGCUGAGGCGCUUUUUGAGGCGAAGAGUGUGGAUGGGGAGAGGGUUGUUUUUGGGUGGGCUUGUGAGUCUGAUGUGUCGUCGGAUGAGGAUGAUAGUGAUUCUUGA